UAUGUACGUUGGUGUGUUACUUGUGCUAAUAAUCGCUUCCAUGGAAAGAAGAGCUACGUAAUCGAACGAAAAAAAAAAGACGGUGACCCCGCCGCGGUUAAUGUUAUCGGAAGAGAGAUGUAAUCCUGCGCGCAUGGAAAAUAAGAAACCAGUAAAUCACCGAUACUCGUGCAUUCAACAUGUCGAAAAUGUUGCACGCCUGCUUUUACAUUAUUUCGGCGCUGUUGGUAUCCGAUACCUUGGCGAUCGAAGGUGUGAAAGGUGGCCGUCACCGUGCCCAAUAUGAUCGAUCCCAGCUCGCCGUGAACAGCACGAUGGCGCAAGGACUUUGCUACAAGAGAAUACGUUACCAAGAUGCUGUCAAAUUGAACGCCACAGGUCAAUUCCUUCAUAACACUCUUCCAAUGACUUCUCAGGAAGGCACGAAAGGUGGAUGGAUAACGAUUUUGGAUUGUUGCGACGGCUACGAGCGCAACCUUAACUCCGGUGCCUGCGACCCGAUCUGCACCGAGGGAUGCCUGGGCGGAAAUUGCACAGGGCCGAACGUGUGCAGCUGUUCGCCAGGAUGGAUCGCUCAGAAGGGUGUUUGCGGGCCUUACUGCGAGCAAGCUUGCCAGAAGUACGCCUACUGCUUCUCGCCGAACGUGUGCGCUUGCAUGUUGGGCUACGAGGAGGUGAACGGCGAGUGUAAGCCCAUCUGCCCUCAUGGAUGCGUGAACGGCGAAUGCGUGGCGCCCUACGUGUGCAAAUGCGGACCCGGAUACCAACUCGAGCCAGGGAUGGAGGGAACGAACGCUAAAUGCGUGCCCGUGUGCGAGAACGGUUGCCGCAACGGAGAAUGCACGGCUCCUGGGGUGUGCACUUGUCACGAAGGAUUCGUCAAUCCUCCAAAUGACCCCGAAUACUGCGCCCCCGAUUGUCCCGCGGGCUGCGUCAAUGGCAAAUGCAUCGCCCCCGGCGUUUGCCAAUGCGAGCCGAAUCACGUUCUCAACGGCAGCAACGCAUGCGUCCCGGAGUGUCCUCGAGGUUGCGUUAACGGCGAAUGCGUCUCGCCCGGGGUCUGCAAGUGCGAGCCAGGCUUCACCCUCGAUCCCGUCAACAAAUGCGUGCCGGAAUGCCGUGGAGGUUGCGUUAACGGCGAAUGCGUCUCGCCCGGGGUCUGCAAGUGCGAGCCAGGCUUCACCCUCGACCCCGUCUCGAACAAGUGCGUGCCGCAAUGCCCCCUGGGCUGCGUGAACGGCGACUGCGUUGCGCCCGGUGCCUGCGCCUGCAAGCCAGGUUACACCGUGGACGCGAGCAAAAGCUGCGUGCCAAUAUGUUCCCGAGGUUGCGCGAACGGGAAAUGCGUUGGGCCAGAUUUUUGCGAUUGCAAUCCGGGCUACACUCUGGACGGCAACGACAACUGCGUGCCGGAUUGUCCCCAAGGAUGCACGAACGGCGAAUGCGUUGCCCCUGGAGUGUGCAACUGCGACGUCGGCUACUCGCGCGAUCCAAGCGGCGGAUGCGCGAAGAAGGCGGGGAUCGGUGAGCCGGGGGCGGCCACGGAUUGUCAAUUGGACUGCGGCCCGAACGCGCACUGCGUCGGCCCCAACCAGUGCACCUGCGAUCUUGGAUUCAAGUUGGAUCCGGACACCAAGAGGUGCGUCCCGUUCUCCAACUCGUUCCAAUGCAGGAACGGGUGCGGCGCUCAUGGGCUCUGCGUCGGCCCCGACAUGUGCAUCUGCGAUUACGGGAUGGCCGUCGAUCCUGUGACGGGCAGGUGCCCGGAAUCGAGAAGUCAGACGGCAAAUUCGAAUCGAGAUCGGGCCGAAUGCCAGCACGGCUGCGGGCCGAACGGUGUCUGCGUUGGCCCCGAUCGUUGCGCUUGCGACCAGGGAUUCGUGCUCGAUUCAAACACCGGUAAAUGUGUCUCCUCGUCGGGAAGGGGGGAGCCUUUCUGCGAGUUCCCGUGUCUGAACGGGGAGUGCACCGGUUUGAAUCAAUGCACGUGUAAGCGUGGUUACGUUAUCAGCCCCUCGGAUGUGACGAGGACGAGAUGCGUGCCCGUGUGCCUGGGUGGAUGUCACAAUGGCGUCUGCACGGCCCCCAAUUUGUGCAUCUGUAACCCUGGCUUCACGAAAGAGACUGGAGUCAAGGGCAGACAAAGAUGCGGAAGCGAUAUCGCUGGACAUCCUGUUUCGUUUCUAUCAUGUCGCAGGACACGAUUAUACGCGCCAUAUGACACGGCGCCAGUGAAUACUGAGAAACUGUUCGACAUGCAUCUCGCAUUUCUCCAAGUAUUUGUACUUUUUCUCCCCGUUAUUUUCAAAGUAACCGGGACGAUACUCUUCCCAGACAAGAACCAAGGUAUUUGUACGCAAAGAAUCAGUUUCAUAGCGACGCGAGACGUCCCGUACAAGCAGUCGUACAGAGUCAGUAAAUGGGGGAUUUUCUACGAGACAAAAUAUCGUUGGAAUUACCGCAAGGAGUAUUAUAGCGCCUACCGCAUCGACCUCCACUGCUGCGAGGGAUACGUACGUAAGGAAAAUGUUUGCGUACCUGUUUGCAUCCCAUCUUGCCUGAAUAGCCAAUGCCUUCCGAAUAAUUAUUGCAAAUGCAAUCAAGGAUACGUGAAACACACGGAGAACGAAUGUUUGCCGUAUUGCAAGAAUUGUGUCAACGGAAAAUGCGUGGCGCCAGGCGUAUGCCAAUGCGAUUUCGGGUAUCAAAUGGACAAGAACAAUAUCUGCAAGCCAGUGUGUACCGAAAACUGCGAAAAGCAACACGCUUAUUGCUCCUCGCCGGACACGUGCACCUGCUAUAUUGGUUAUCAGAGAAUUAACCAUCAAUGCAAGCCAAUCUGCGUGUUGAAAUGCGUGAACGGGAAAUGUACGAAGCCUGGCAUAUGCACUUGUCACAACGGUUACAUACAACAGGAUUACACGAAGCAACACGUUUGCGUCCCACAUUGCGAGCAAUCUUGCGAGCCGUACGGAAAAUGCACUGCCCCCAAUAUCUGCACUUGUUACAAGGGUUAUCGUCUCGUUAACGGGAGCCAGACGAGCUGCAAGCCUAUCUGCGAGCGAACUUGCGUGAACGGAUACUGCAGCGCGCCGGAGGUAUGCAGCUGCGAUCCAGGCUACGAACACUCCACGACCAACCUCACCACGACCAUCUGCCGACCCAUCUGCGAGCACGAGUGCAUAAACGGGUAUUGCAGUGGCCCGAAUAUCUGCGAAUGCAACCCGGGCUAUCGAUUUUUAAAAGGCGCGUCCGAUCUCUGCGAACCGUUCUGCGAACGACCUUGCAACAACGGCCGCUGCACCGCUCCCAACCAGUGCACCUGCGACGAUGGCCACCACCCAAACCCGGACGAUCCCUUCACUUGCGACCCGACCUGCAACCAGGGAUGCCGCUUCGGAACUUGCACCGCGCCUGGCACGUGUACUUGCUACGAUGGAUACUCGGCAAAAAACGCGACGGUGUGCGAGCCCGUGUGCGACAAAGGCUGCGUGAACGGGUAUUGCGACGCUCCAGGGGUCUGUAGCUGCGAUCCCGGCUACGAAUUAUCCGAACACGAUUACCACGUGUGUGCACCGGUGUGCAAACAAACCUGCGUGAACGGAUACUGCAGCAAGCCGAACAAGUGCGAGUGUCAAACGGGCUAUCAACCGCUAAACAAUAACACCGAUAUUUGCGAGCCGAUCUGCGAGCCGAAUUGCAUCAACGGGCGUUGCAUUCGUCCGCACGAGUGCAAGUGUGAUGUAGGUUAUCGAUCGUUGGAAAUCGGUUCGAAUAUUUGUCAACCUGUUUGCGAACAGCCUUGCGUGAACGGAUACUGCAGCGCGCCUAAUGAGUGCACUUGCGACGAAGGUUACGGUCCAUCCGAGGACGAUAACAAUGUUUGUGAGCCGAUUUGCGAGCCGAAUUGCACCAAUGGAUAUUGCAUUCGUCCGUACGAGUGCAAGUGCAACCCGGGUUAUCGAUCGUUGGAAAUCGGUUCGAAUAUUUGUCAACCUGUUUGCGAACAGCCUUGCGUGAACGGAUACUGCAGCGCGCCUAAUGAGUGCACUUGCGACGAAGGUUACGGUCCAUCCGAGGGCAAUGGUAGCAAGGUUUGCGAGCCAAUCUGCGAACCGAAUUGUACUAAUGGAUACUGCAUUCGUCCGCACGAGUGCAAGUGCAACCCGGGUUAUCGAUCGUUGGAAAUCGGCUCGAAUAUUUGUCAACCUGUUUGCGAACAGCCUUGCGUGAACGGAUACUGCAGCGCGCCUAAUGAGUGCACUUGCGACGAAGGUUACGGUCCAUCCGAGGGCAAUGGUAGUAAGGUUUGCGAGCCGAUCUGCGAGCCGAAUUGCACCAAUGGAUAUUGCAUUCGUCCACAUGAGUGCAAAUGUGAUGUAGGUUAUCGAUCGUUGGAAAUCGGCUCGAAUAUUUGUCAACCUGUUUGCGAACAGCCUUGCGUGAACGGAUACUGCAGCGCACCGGAUGAAUGCACUUGCGACGAAGGUUACGGUCCAUCCGAAGGCAAUGGUAGCAAGGUUUGCGAGCCGAUUUGCGAGCAAUCGUGCGGUGAGAAUGGGAUCUGCGUUGCGCCCGACACGUGCGAAUGCGAGCUGGGUUACAAGCGGGCGACGGACUGGAACGAGACUUUAUCCAACGUUUGCGAGCCCGUGUGCGAAUUCGACUGCGGAAACGGUACCUGCGCGUCCCCGAACGCGUGCACCUGUUACGCGGGCUACGCGAAAAGGGACGGGCAAGCUCGGUGCGAUCUCGCGUUGUGCGAGUCUUGCGACAAUGGGACGUGCGCGAGACCCGGGGUGUGCGAGUGCGACCAAGGUUUCGUCGAAGCGAGACGAGGGAAUGGAACCGUCUGCGAGCCGUAUUGCGAGAAUUGCUCGAAUGGAAGCUGCGUGGCACCUGGCGACUGCCUGUGCAACGUCGGCUUCGUGAAGGAGGAUAACGGCGAGUGCGUUCUCGCGUGUCGAGACAAUUGCAACGACCGUGGGAUCUGUGAUAUCGAGAACAGAACUUGCGAUUGUUUCUACGGGUGGGAUGGGACGCAUUGCGAGGAGCCAAGAUUUUGCGUGUUGGUGAUGGAGAAUGGGAUAGAACGGUUGAACGUAUGGAACAUAGAGUACGAUGCGAACGAUACGAUUGAUUACGUGUUCGCGAACAGUCCAUCGUGUUAUCACGAUUGUUUGAAGAACGAAACCUUGUGCAAUGGAAAGUACAGGAAGGACGGCAUGGGGAACGAUACGAUCGCCUGUCUGAUCGAUUCUAAUUGCAGUCGAGUGUACGCGUUACUCUCGAAUCACGUAACGAUAGGUGGGAUCGCUAUGGGUACCGCUAUGGUUAUAAUCGGUAGCGCCAUCGUGAUCUAUUCGCUGACACGAAACGUGAGAAAGAGGAAAUUUUCUCUAGAUAAUACGCCAACAUCGAUGCAGAUGCAGAAUCGAGCCGAGAAGAAGAACAGUUGAAAGACGAGUUCUCGUUCAUCACACGUUUGUAAUUUAUAGAUUAAAUUAUUGUAAUCAAUAAAAAGAAUUGUACAAAAGAGAGAAAAAAAAAAAGAGUAG